UGGAGUUCCGCCCUUGCCCGUUGUAGGGGAAGAGGGUCGUGAGCGGGGCAAGUCUCACCCACCCCGGGGGAGACCAGGAGGGAGAAGGAAGCAAUGGAGGGGAGAACCCAGCAGACGCAGAUCAAGCAGGACACAUCACCCCAGUUGUCGCCAAUCCUCCCGAGGGCGAUGACCAGGUCCUCCAACCCGGGAACUUCCAGUAGCCCUCCCAUGCGGCCCACAGCAGCCGACACCAUGCACAGCUUUGGGACCAUCCUGCUGGCACUUGGGGACUUCGGGCCCUUCCAGAAGUGGCUAGUGUUCUGGCUGGCCCUUCCCAGCAUGACCAAUCCCUUCUUCUUCUUCGGCCAAAUGUUCAUGUUUCUGGAGCCUCGGCACCAUUGCAACACUGCCUGGAUCCUGGCCCUGAGUCCCAACCUGAGCACGGAGCAGCAGCUGAACCUGACCCUCCCUCUCCGGGCCGAUGGCACCUUCGAGGCUUGUCGUAUGUACAGGCCGGAACCAGGGUGGGGUAUCGAGGAAAUCGUCUCGUUUGGACUGAACGAAAUGGAGGACUGCCAGGAUGGCUGGGUAUACCUCUCAGAGGAGCCACCUUCUCUGGUCACUGAGUUCAACCUGGUCUGCGGCCGGAAGCAUGAGAAGGAGGUCUCCCAGUCCGUCUUCAUGGCCGGGCUGCUGCUUGGGGCGGCCACCUUCGGUCUACUCAGUGACAGGUUCGGCCGCCGCAUCACUGUCCUCAUGGAGCUGCUGCUGCAGGCCGUGGUCGGCAUCGGUACGGCCUUUGUCCCCAACUUCUACCUGUACAUGGCACUGCGGUUCGUGGUUGGCACUGCUGUCUCUGGAUUCGCCAUCAGCUACAUCACCUUGACCACAGAAUGGGUGGGGCCCACCCAACGGACGCUGGCGGUGACCAUCGCACCCUGCUUCUUUGCACUGGGUCAGAUGGUCCUGGCCGGGCUGGCCUAUGGUGUGCGGAACUGGAGGCUGCUGCAGCUCGCUGCUGCAUCCCCCAUCGUCUUGUUCUUUUUCUAUGUCUGGGUCCUCCCAGAGUCAGCGCGUUGGCUCCUGGUCCAGGGGAGAGUGGAUGAGGCCCGGGAGCUCAUGAAGAAAGCAGCAGCCUGCAACCACCGCAGGAUCCCCCCAGAGCUGCUGGAUCAGCUCCAAAAUGAGACAAAGCCACCACGAGGGAAUAUCCUGGACCUCUUCCGCCAACAGCACCUCAGGAAAGUGACGCUCAUUCUGCUGGCAGUGUGGUUUGUGGACAGCCUGGUGUACUAUGGACUGAGCCUGAACGUGGGGAGCUUCGGCCUGGACAUCUAUCUGACGCAGCUGGUGUUCGGGCUCGUGGAGUUGCCUGCCCGCCUUGGCUGUGUCUUCGUGCUCCAGCGCUUCGGCAGGAGGCGGUGCCAGGCCUGGACCCUUAUAGCCGGGGGCAGCAUGUGUCUCAUCAUCAUCUUCAUCCCCCCAGACUUACCUGUACUCAUCACAGUGCUGGCUGUCAUUGGCAAGUUUGCCAGCACAGCGGCUUUCACCAUCUCCUACAUCUACUCGGCCGAGCUGUUCCCCACAAUCAUCAGGCAGACAGGCAUGGGGCUGGUGGCCAUGGCCUCACGGACAGCUGGCAUCAUCACCCCUCUGAUCGGACUGCUCAGAGAGUAUCACCCCGCCAUCCCCAUGGCUGUCUUCGGGAGCCUUCCAGUACUAGUGGGGGUCCUCUGCUUCUUGCUCCCAGAAACCAAGGACCAGGAACUCCAAGACUGGCUGGACGGGCCUAGCGACACUGACCGGACCAAGGGGGAAGCCGGAGGCUGCAGUGGGCAAGGUCAGUGUUCCAGUCUAGCCUCCGCCACAGCGGCCAAUGCCAUGCACGACUUUGGGGCCAUCCUGACAGCUCUGGGGGACUUCGGGCCCUUCCAGAAGUGGCUGGUGUUCUGGCUGGCCCUUCCCAACCUGGGUUUUCCCUUCUACUUCUUCGGCCAAAUGUUCAUGUUCCUGGAGCCGAGGCACCACUGUGACACGGGCUGGAUCCUGGCCCUGAGCCCCAACCUGAGCACAGAGCAGCAGCUGAACCUGACCCUUCCACGCCGGGCUGACGGCACCUUCGAGGCCUGCCGCAUGUACAGGCCAGAACCGGGGUGGGGCAUCGAUGAGAUCAUCUCCUUCGGGCUUAACGACACAGAGGACUGCCGGGAUGGCUGGGUGUACCUCUCGGAGGAGCCGCCUUCUCUGGUCACCGAGUUCGACCUGGUCUGUGGCCGGAAGCAUGAGAAAGAGGUCUCCCAGUCCAUCUACAUGGCUGGGCUGCUGGUUGGGGCAGCCACCUUUGGCCCAAUGAGUGACAGGUUUGGCCGCCGCAUCAUCCUCCUCGUGGAGCUGCUGCUGCAGGCCAUGGUCGGUAUCGGCACCGCUUUUGUCCCCAACUUCUACCUGUACAUGGCGCUGAGGUUCGUGGUUGGCACUGCCGUCUCUGGAUUCUCCAUCAGCUUUGUCACCCUGAACAUGGAAUGGGUGGGACCAUCCAGAAGAACUUUGGCCAUAGUCAUCUCUCACUGCUUCUUUGCACUGGGUCAGAUGGUUCUGGCCGGGCUGGCUUAUGGAGUGCGGAACUGGAGGCUGCUGCAGCUUGCCAGCGCGUCCCCCAUCGUCCUGCUCUUUUUCUAUGUCUGGGUCCUUCCAGAGUCAGCCCGCUGGCUCCUGGUCCAGGGAAGAGUGGAUGAAGCCCGAGAACUCCUGCAAAAGGCAGCGGCCUGCAACCACCGCACGAUCCCGCUGGAACUGCUGCACCAGCUCCAAAACGAGACAAAGUCACUGCAGGCGAAUGUCCUCGACCUAUUUCGUCACCGGCACCUCAGGAAAGUGACGCUCAUUCUGCUGGCAGUGUGGUUUGUGGACAGCCUGGUGUAUUUCGGGCUGAGCUUGAAUGUGGGGAGCUUUGGCCUGGACAUCUACCUGACACAGCUGGUGUUUGGACUGGUGGAGCUGCCUGCCCGCUUUGGCUGUGUCUUCGUGCUCCAGCGCUUUGGCAGGAGAUGGUGCCAGGCCUGGACCCUAAUCAUCGGGGGCAGCAUGUGCCUCAUCAUCAUCUUCAUCCCACCAGACUUCCCCGUGCUCACCACAGUGCUGGCAGUCAUCGGCAAGUUUGCCACAUCAGCAGCCUUCUCCAUCUCCUACAUCUAUUCUGCUGAGCUCUUCCCCACCAUCGUCAGGCAGACGGGCUUGGGGCUGGUGGGCAUAGCAGCACGGACGUCUGGCAUCAUCACCCCUCUGAUCGGGCUGCUCAGAAAGUAUCACCCCGCCAUCCCCAUGGCUGUCUUCGGCAGCAUCCCGGUACUGGUGGGGGUCCUCUGCUUCCUGCUCCCGGAAACCAAGGACCGGGAACUCCAAGACUGGCUGGACGGCCUCAGCAACACUGAGCAGACCAAGGGAGCUGCUGGAGGCUACAGCGGGCAAGCCCGGGUGAAGGAAGCUGAAACAGAUGUGGGGACAGACACCACCCUGCCCUCCACCCACCUGUGACUGACACAAUGGCAGUUUGAUGACGUGCAGUUGUUCGGAGGCCCCCCCUCCCCGCCCUCAUGGCUCCCAGAUCUGAACUCCGACCCAGUGUCACCUUGGCCACCUGGUGAGACAGCUGGGGCCAAGGAGUCGCAGAGGAGAAGCAGAGACAUGCAGCUGUCCACCUGCACUGAUUCAUGGAGGCAGGGGCUGGAUUGGAUGACCUUUACAGUCCUUUCUGCCCUGACCCUGCCCACUCCUCCUCCUUUUUCCCAUCCCAGGAUCGGGGUCGGCCCCUGAUCCUGGGCCAUUGGCUGUGGCUUUCCACUCACGGGAUGGGGAUGGGUGCUGGGGCGGGGGAGGGAUGGCUGUGCACUGUGACAAUGCUCAGGCCCCAGCUGUUUUCUGGCAGGCUGUGUUGGCUCUGCUGGGCACAGUUGAGAGCCCUGCACCUAGGGGUUGCUCAGUCAAGCCUGACCCAAUGGAAUUUGAUUUUUUUCCA